AUGAGAAAUUUCUCGGAUCAGCAAGAUGAAGUAUGUCUCAAUAGGGAUCUUGUAAUGUUAAGACAAAGUUCUAAUGAAAGCCCACAAUCAUUUUACGAUAAGUGCUUACACAUUUUGAACUUACUUUGCAGUUAUGUAAACUUACACGAAUCUACAGAAGAAGGUAAACAUUUAAAACGACAAUUAUACCAAAAUUUAACCUUGAAAACUUUUCUUUCUGGACUAAAAGAACCUAUCGGGACUACAAUACGUUGUAUGAAACCAAUCUCGUUAAGCGAAGCAAUGCAAUUCGUUUUACAGGAGGAAAACGUGCACUAUUUACAAAAUCCAUCGAGAAAUAAUCAUAGAACACAACCUUUUAAAAAUAACUCGAGACCAGUAUAUGAUUUCAAACCUAAUUAUCAAUCACCUAUCCAAAAUCAGAAUCGAAAUUUUAAUUCGCUCAGUUCCAGUUCACAAACAUUCAAUUCUCAAACUCCGAAUAAUUUGUUCACAAGACAGAACAACUUUCCUUCACAACCAAUCCCAAUAAAUCCAAGAACUACAUAUCAAAAAAUUCCUAGAGCGUCGCAAGUUUUCAACAGACCCAAUCAAAAUGUAAACGUCUUCAUGCCAAAUCCGAACGCAAACUUUCCUAAGCCAACACCCAUGUCCAUUAGCACACGAGCUACCGUUUCAAAUACUCAAAAUCAACCAAUAUAUAAAAGGCCGCCGCCAUCUACAAAUAAUUUUAGACAAUCUAAAAGGCCGAACUAUACUUCUGAAGAAUUAUAUAACGUCGAUAUUCAAGAAAACUAUGAUAUCGAAAAUUGGGAAUAUUUGAAUAAUAAUUAUAAUGAUUCUGAUCAUACUACUGAUCAACUUUACCUAAAUAAUUCUAAUUCUAAUAAUGACGAUAGAGUAGAUAGAAACGAAAAUUUUCGUUAA